AUGAAUCACAAAACAGAGAACCAUAUAUGUUGACUAGGUUAAUUUGGUUAGAUAUUGAAAAACAAAUGCAUGUAUCAUGCAAGGAUUUGCCAUCAAAUCUUAGAAGACCUUUAUGCAAUAUAAUAUUAUAUUACUAUGGAUAUAAAGCCGAAGAGUGGGCUGCAUGGAUUAUAAUGUUUUCACUGCUUUUAUUUAAAGGGUAA